GCGGGGCGGGGCACCAGCCCGGCGGGGGGACGGCCAGACCCCCCCCCCCCCCCGGGGAGAGCGGGCCACAGCGCUGAGGCCCCCAGGCGGUACCUGGAAACGGAAGAGUGCGGAUGCCCCGCGUAGGAACAGCCUCCUUCAGCCUCUGCCCCUGUCCCCGGCAGCGAAGCGGCGUCUCCCGCCAGCCCUCAGCUCCCCGGCCUUUCAGCCCACGACAGCCAUGCCGAAUCCGCCGCCGCCGGAGUGGGAACCGCGCAAGCGCAUAAGAGCCCUUCAGGAAAGACUACAUCCCCCAGCAAGCUCCGCGGGAGGCGGGGCCUGUCCCCUCCGGAGACGCAUGCGCGGUUCGGUGCCGUGCCCACACGUGGUAUGGGGGGGGUGGAACCCUUAUUCAUAGGUAAAAGAGCGAGCCUGAGCCGGCGGGUCCGCAGGGAGCGAAGUGCAGGGGGCUCGCGGCAAAGGGCAGCCAUGGCCGCUCUGGUCAAGCGAAUAAUCAGCACCUCGAGGGCACCGGCUGCAAUGGGCCCCUACAGUCAAGCAGUGCUGAUAGACCGGACCAUGUAUAUCGCAGGACAGCUAGGCAUGGAUCCUUCUAGUGGCCAGCUUGUGCCUGGAGGGGCAAAAGAAGAAGCUAAACAGGCUCUAAAAAAUAUAGGGGAAAUCCUGAAAGCUGCAGACUGUGACUACUGCAAUGUUGUAAAGACUACUGUGUUGAUGGCUGACAUGAAGGACUUCAGUGAUAUUAAUGAAAUCUACAAGCAGUUUUUCAGAAGUAACUUCCCAGCCAGAGCAGCCUACCAGGUUGUUGCUUUGCCAAAAGAUGCACGAGUUGAGAUUGAAGCUGUAGCCAUCCAGGGACCAAUCCAAGAGGCAUCAGCAUGACUAUAAAUACUCUACUCUAAUACACUACUCAUUGUGUCUGAGGCUUAGGCCCUGUUCCUGCAAUUGGCUGUCUACGUCUUCACCCCCUUGGAAGUUCCAUGGAGAUGCACCUUUGCACAGUCAGUUGCAGGAUCUUACGUUCUCUAAAACCCCAAUCGUGUAACUAACUCCGUGCAGGCAGAUCCCUGUGCCCGUGUGUAGCCCCACUGCCGUCAAUGGGGCUCUAUGCUGGUUUCAGGGUUUGUCUGUACUCAUUGCAGGACUGGGGCCUUAGUCUGUAGUGGUGGCUGGGUAUUGUCACCUUCCUAAAAGGUUGUUUCGGGUAAGGUUAUCCAAUAAUGAACAAACUCUCAAAAUGUAUGGAGGCAGGGAAUUGCAUUGGUGGUAAAGUGCAGAACUGAUAGCGUAUGCUGUAACCUUUAGAAAUCCUUUUAGCACUCUAGCUAUAAAUCAUAGACCUAGGUUUUUAAUACAUCACUUAAUAUUUUUAUAAAUGAGCUGGAGUUCAUGCAUUUCUAACAAUAGAAAACCUGAUUCGCUGCAGCACAGAAGUGAAAAUACAUAUUUGGGGAUUCACUGUAUGAGCUUUGAACACCUGAAGUGUUUGAUUUAGAUCAGGGGUCUCAAACUCAACUGACCAAGAGGGCCAUAUGAGGACUAGUACAUUGGCCUGAGGGCUGCAUCACUGGACUCCCCCACUACCCCUGCCCUACCUCUUCCCAGCCCCCAUUCCAACCUCUUCCCUGAAAUCCCUACCCCCAACUCUGCCUCCUCCCUGCCCCCAGGGCAGGGGGUCUGGGUGUAGGAGGGGUAUGGCAGAGGGCUCAGGGUAGGGUGCUGAGGUGGCGGCUCCGGCCCAGCACGUACUGGGGCAGGGCAGGCUCCCUGCCCUGCCCCUGCACUGCUCCAGGAAGCAGCUGGAACCUGGGGGGGGGGGGGCACAGGGGUCUAUGUGCUGCCCUGGCUGCGCCUCCAGGCACUGCCCCCCGCAGCUCCCAUUGGCUGGGAACGGGGAACUGCAGACAAUGGGAGCGUCGGGGGAGCUACCUGGAAGCACGGCCAGGGCAACACACAGACCCGUGUCCCCCUUUCCCAGGUCCUGGCCACUUCCUGGAGCUGCAUGGGGGCAGGGCAGGCAGGCAGGCGGGGAGCCUGUCCUUGCCUCUGGUGCGUGCCGGACCAGGCCAGAGCUACUCCAGGUAAACGCUGGGGGGGGCUGUGGGGAGCUGCAAGGCCGCAGAAAAUAGCCUCACGGGCUGCAUGUUUGAGACCCCUGGAUUAGAUCCUGGACCUAUAUCUAGAUCUGAUUUAUCUUAGCUUUUCUUGAAAGAGUCACUUCUAACACACACAACUUCACAGAAGCGUGAGUAACUCAUUUAUAUCAGUUGAAAAUUAAUGGUUUGUUUGAAUGUUUAAUGAAAAUUAAUGUUUGUUUAGCACCGCUUCAAGUACCUGACAGCCUACAAGUAUAAUUUUGAAUUACCUUGUUCAUUUUAAAGAUAAUUGGACAUACUCUAGCUUUGGGGAAAAUAUGUACUAUCUAAUGGGAAUAAACCAUAAUUGCAU